AUGAAAGCUUUUGUGAGAGGAUUGUUAGCAAGAGCUAAUUAUGAGGUGCCAAAGAUUCAGAGGAAGUGGGAAUGGAAGGAAUCGGCCGGUUUUGGUUGCGUUACUUCAUCUCCGCCGCCGGAGAAAGGCUUAGAGAAUCUCACAGUGGCGGAUGUGCUGCUGACAAAGGACACUGACGGUGGCAAAGUUGACACGUGGAUCUCCUGCCGUACGAAUGACACCGUUUAUGACGCAGUUAAGAAUAUGGCAAAGCAUAAUAUUGGAUCGUUGGUCGUGUUAAGACCAGGAGAUCACCAAUAUAUCGCUGGAAUUGUCACAGAGAGAGACUACAUGAAAAAAAUUAUCGGAGCGGGAAGAUCAUCAAAAUUUACAAAAGUUGGAGAAGUUAUGACGGACGAGAGCAAGUUGGUCACUGUUUCGUCUGGAACAAACAUAAUCAAAGCAAUGCAGCUUAUGUCAGAAAACCAUAUAAGGCAUGUACCGGUGAUUGACGGAAAGAUAGUGGGAUUGAUCUCUAUGGUUGAUGUCGUUAGAGCCAUUGUGGACCACCAAAAUGGAGAGCUCAAACGCUUGAACCAAUUCAUCAAAGGAGACUAUUACUAG